AAAAGAAACAUGGCCGCAAAAGUGACUUAGGCUGUUUCUUGUGAAAAAUUGCUGUGUUGUUCGAGCUUCUCCAACUUCUCUUAACUUCGUCGUGUAAGUAUUACUACUAAUGCAGAAUAAUGAUUUGGUUUGGGUUUGUGUAUUUAUUCCAAGAAUCGUAAAUAUUUUGCUAUAUUUUAAUAUAGUCAGACGAUUUAAUAGACGAUAUAUGUUAUGUUAUAAUGUUGUUAUUUUGUUAGUGGGUGCGUCAGUUGUUAUUUAUGUGAUAUUAUUGUUUUGUCGGCUUCCUUUUGUCCGAUAUAAAUCGUACAUUAUGUAAUUGUACAAAUCGCAUGAAUGUUAUUUCAUAAUAAAGUAUAUAUUUUAAUAUUUUAUGAUGAACAAAUAAUGCUCAAUCCCAAUGUUUUUGCUAAGGUGCAUAGCGAAUAUAACUUUAGUGAUUUAUUGUACCCAACUAAUUACUGAAUGCACAUGCAUGUAUAAUGUGAUAUGUCAUCAAAAAGACAAACUUUAGCUUGUUAUAAAAUUUUGAAGAACGACAGGCCGGCUCCGUGGUCAAGUUGCUAUGCAAAAUGUCAUAUUGACAUUUUCAUAUAAAAACAGCCGCCAUACCUGAAAGUGUAUUCCUGACAGAGGAAUUUGGAAGUUAACCCCCCCACCACCACCACCACCCUCUUCAGAUUGUCCUAAUGCACUUACUAUUAUCAGAAACUAAUUUUUCUCUCCGCAGAGGGGAGUGCGGAAUUUUUUCGGGAACAACCCAUGGCCUAUUUUUUUUCAAAUUUUGUUAUCGAUUGGAAAAACGUCACAGUGUAAUAGUUAUGAGCCUCCUAUCCAUGCAAAAUAGGUGUAUUCAAGGUACUAGUUAGCAAUUUGCACACAACAUGCAUUGCAUCUGAUUAUAAGGCCUGACAGGCCUGUAUGGUAACCACAAGAGCUGACCUGGUUUGGACCUGUACCAGUUGUUACAGGUCACUCUCUUAGAGAGAAUUGACUUCCAGGGGGAAUUUAUAGUCAAUAUGUAAAUGUAAUUUUUCAGAUGAGACAACAUGGUAUCAAGAAAUUCAAGAACAAGCAUUGUCCGAGAGCCUGGGGAGCACAAAGUGACAUUCACAGUCACAUUAGCAUGUGCAGUUCAAGCAGGUGGGAAAUCGGUUCAACAUUUAAGGGUGUGAAAAAUUCACAGGGGGUCUAAGCUGCUCUGAAUGUUUUCUAACAACUUUGUGUUUGUAGCAAAACGACCAAGUUUGUACCAAAAUGACUGACCAGUAAACGUUUACAGUUGCUCUAGAAUCUGAACAAAUUUAAAGUCUUAAUACAAGCUUUAAAAUUUUACAGUUGAUGGUGAUGCUCCAAUAAUUGAAUCGAAGAAAGGCAAGCGUCUUGCCGUUUACGAAGCGCCCAAGGCGCAACAUUAUUUUCAUCUGGAGUAUAAGUUAAUGCCUGAUGAUCUUGAGCCAGUUAAAACUGAUGUGGUCAUGUAUGGAGUGGCGGCAAAGAUUUACAAUGAAAAUGAUUCCAAAGUGUUAAAAACUUGGAAGGAGGGAGAGAAGAUAUGGAUAGCCUGGACUCAAAAGUACAGUAUAGUAUAACUAUGGGGAACUCGGAGACCACAUACCUCUGCAGGGGCAGAUCUAGCCUCAUCUGCUAAGAGGGGUGCAGGUGGUGCAUGAGGGAGCCUUAUUGCCCACUCUCCUCUGCAGUCUGCAACGCUAUAGUAUUAUUUGAGAUGGCCGAAUGUUCACAAUUCUGUUACGUUUUACAUUACCUUUCAUUAAUUAUAAAGUUAAUAUCGGCUUUUUAUCACGUAUGCGUGACUGGACAGUUGCUGUAGCACAGUGCAGUAAAUUUGCUUGUUCAAGUGCAGCAUAUUUGAAAAUAUGGCUGUAUAACAACCUCAACAUGUUUUACAUGUUUAUAUUACCAUGAUAUUUAACUAUAGCAUUCUGAAUAUUUUCUCAUGUGCUUACAGAUCAAUAGACAACUUGCAUGUUAGACUAAUUUUUUAUUUAGGCAAAAAAAGUAAAUUCCAGUAAAGAACUUAUUAAAAUCAGUAAAAUUGCAAAAUUUGGUUACGAAAUGUUGUAAAAUACAGAAAAUAUAGCCUUACGAAGUUUGCGUAUUUUCAGUAUGUUUGUAUUACGUGCGGAAAUUGUUACCGUUUUUGAGCCGAAAAUGAUAACAAUUUCCGCACGUAAUACAAAUAUACUGAAAAUAUGCAAACUUCGCAAGGCUAUAUUUUCUGUAUUUUACAACAUUUCGCAACCAAAUUUUGCAAAUUUACUAAUUUCAUUAUGUUCUUUUUAACUGUUGUGUUUGAUUCCCUUCUCUUCACUUAGAUUAAAAUUUUGUCUAACAUGCAAGUUGUCCAUUAAAUCAUUUCAAGAAAUCGACACACGCUAACAGUAGAACUUCCGCUAAUCGCUAUUCGAAAAGCAGAAAAUGUAUGGUAUAAUAGUUUUUUAGGGUGAUGCUGGACUUUUCUAGGGUGGUGCUCGACAACGUUAGGUAGGGUGUGCACCCCCUGCACCUCCGUAAUAUAGAUCUACCCCUGCUUGAUAGACUACGCGAAGAACCAACUAUUUGGUGGGUUUUUUAAAUUUUAGUGUAUCAAUGUGGAUAACGAAAGAAUUACUUCUCGACAUUUUCGAGCACUCCCUUGAGCUCCUGAUCUGGGACUCCAAGGAUAAGGUGUCUGCGCGUGCUAGGUUUGAUCGACCUAAAGCAUUCCGAUUGCCUGCUGGGCAGGAGAACGAAGAGGAUGCUGGGAAUCAUGGUGGCAGCUCCAAUGUCAAAGCACUCGUUCUUAAACAGUCGCUUAGUCAUGCGCAGUUACAGCCGAAAGAGAGUCGAGAGAGGAGAGGUAUGUUCACAAGAAAAAUUUAUUUUGUUUCCAGAAUGAUUUUUAAAGAUUUACCAUGUAUACUAUCAAUGUAGAAACUCCUACCAUUAUUGGUUAUAGAUUUCCCGUAUGGUAAAUUGGUAAAAACCAUGUUUAAUAUUUACCAUUAAUGGUAUUCUUCUGGGCACAGAAAAAAAAUAAAGUACCUUCGGCACUGCAUAACCGCCGACUUCUUUCAAAAAGCCUUCGAUGCCAAAUUCUUUUGGGAACCCUGAAAACUUUUGCUUGUGUACUCUCGUCAACUCUUGUUCUCGUUUGACCAAGGCGCAAAUUUCUACAUUUUCAGGCGAUCGUCUGGCACGAACUACCUCAGGUACAACAGGAAGAACACUCCAAGAUCACUUGGCUCAGGCUGAAGAAUUUAGAGCAACCACAGCACCGACGGUAGGCUGCGCUCUAGCUUUCCUGUCAGUUCAAAAAUAUUUCUGGACGUCUCAAUCGGGCGACCCAUUUCCUGUAUCGUAAGAGCGUUGGUACAUUAAACCACGGUUUAGACUGACCGUUUAACAGCCAUGGUUUACACUUGCAAAGUUUCUGUGAUAUCACAGUAAGAAUUUUGCAUUAGGUAUAUUAUAAUUUUUGCAGGAUUUGUAAGAAAUGAUUGAGGGAAGUGACUCAGAUGUUAAACACGUAAAACACCAAGUCAGUUUCCUGAAAAAAUUAUUACAAAUCCUGCGAGACUUACGCCUGUAUUCUAAAAGCUCACUCACACUCAAUGAGUGGAGGUUCAAUCUGAGCUUCCCUUGAGUAUCUGGAGGUUUGAGUGUUUUGAAUAUCUGGAGGGUGAGUAGUCACAUAGUAAGAUACGAAUCUAACACUCCAGCUAUUCAAAAACAGCACUGACACUCAAGGGAAGCUCAGAUUGAACCUCCACUCUUUGAGUGUGAGUGAGCUUUUAGAAUACAGGCAUUAGAAUUUACCUAUGCAAAAUUCCUAAUGUGAUCAGAGAAACUUUGAUAGUGAAGACAAGCCUUACGACCUACAGCAAUUUCAAUUUAUACAGGGCUCAAAUUCCCUACAAACGCCCGCUCCGUCGGCGGUGACCAAGACCAGUGAGCUGGCCAAAGUGCAAGUGCGAGUGGACGAAAGCAGCAGACAACAUUGGCUUUGCAUCGCUCAGCUUGCAGGCUUAACCGAACCCUUCUCUGAGGAAGAAAUGGCCAGGUUAUCAGAAUUGGUUGAUACAAGAAAACGUUCUAAUUUUGAAAACGAAAAACGGAAAAAGAUUAAGGUUGAUGAAUUAGGUAAGUAUGUACGUGGAAAGCUUUGCAUUGAUAGGGAUGCAUGCAACUACCUGAAAAAUACAACGAGAACUUGACGUUUCGAGCGAAAAGGCCAUUUCCACUCAUAAAGGCCUAUUUCCACUCAAGAAAAAUUUCCAUGGACAGAAAAUGUUCCAAAAAUGUCAUCGUUGAAAGUUGAAAAUUUUCAACUUCAAUCUUUCAACUUGUCAGCCAAUCACAUUUUACAAAAUUUUCUGUCCUGUUUAUAUGGAGGCGAGUUACACGGCAAGGCAAGUUACUCGCCCAAAUGGGACAAACAAGCGCUGUGUUUAUAUGGAAUCGUGUUACUCGGCAUUUGCUGCGUGAUUGCCGCGCAUGACGCCGAAAUGGCGCCAAGACACAAAAAGGAUUUAAGUCGUUUGAAACGUUAGAAACAUUACAAAAUGUCGUGAAAAUACAAGAGCAAGCGCCGCCGAGAAACUCAGGGAAACUUAUCUAAUGAUUCCCUGUGUAUUUCUGAGCUAUUAUAUUUCAAAUGCAAAGCACAUACAUUCAGUCUCGGGCGGCCGAGCUAUACCGGGGCAAAGUGGUAAAAUAUUCAUCUCGCCUAGGCGAUAUCCCACCUCUUUCUACCGGGAACUUGCCAAGGCGAGUUACUCGGCUGCAUCAUGUAGACAGUCCCGCGGGAUUACUAUAAGUUUUUAUAAUAGCCGGGAUCUUGCCGUUGCCGUCGCCUCCACAUAACCAGGCCCUUACCAUUAAUGUACCAUUCUCUAUAGAAAAGGAUACCAAGACAUCUAGGCGCAAAUCAAAGAAGGAUGAACAAAGGUCGACGGUUUUGGCAGCAUUCACUCGCAUUCAUGGCAUAGCUUCGAUCAAACUGCGUCUGUCUCUACUGUUUGCCGGUACCAAGUCCAUCACGGAGCGACUUGGCAACAAAGUGAACGGAAUUGAAGAUCUGAUGGUGACUGUUUCCUUAGAUAAACAGCUGUUAUCUGACGAACAAAAGAAAGACCUUAAUCCCAUGGUUAUAAAGUUGUUUUCUGUCAACGAUCUUCCAAACAAACCACUGUCGUAUGAUGAACUCAACGAAACGUAAGGCUUGUUCGUUACUAAAGACAAAUUGACACUGAAUACCUGUUCUCUUUAGAAGUCCAGUAUGGACCCUUCCUUAUUGGUACAGUGUUACUACAGGAGGAAAUGUAAACUAAGCUGCAUGUAACAUUAUUCUGGUUGGCUCUACCAGUUCUAAGUUCUUCUCCAAGUCCAGUAAGGACCCUCCCUUAUUGGUACAGUAACAGUGUUACUACAGGAAGAAAUCUAAACUAAGCUACAUAUAACUUUAUAGUUGCGGUUAGCUCUAUCAGUUCUAAGCUGUUUUCUUUAGAAGACCAGUAAGGACCUUUCCUUAUUGGUACAGUGUUACUACUGGAAGAAUUCUAAACUAAACUAACCUACAUGUGACAUUAUUCUGAUCAGUUUUGUUAGUUGUAAGCUGUUCUCUUUAGAAGACCAGUAAGGGUCCUUCCUAUAUAGAUUGGUACAGUGUUACUACAGGGAGAAAUCUAAACUAAGCUACAUAUAACUUCAUAGUUAUGGUUAGUUCUAUCAGUUUUAAGCUGUUCUCUUUAGAUGUCCAGUGAGGUAAGAGAAAGUUUGUGUGGUCUUAAUCGAUCUUAAUUUCGUUUCAGCUGUGUUCCAGUUUUUGCGCAGUAUAAAUUCUUCAAACAGCCCAUGCACCGUACCCUGAGCUACCCGCACGACCGCAAUGUAUACUGGGACGACGUGAACGUGGUACUGCUGGGCAUACUGGAUCAAGGGGAACUUCAGGAGUACUUGCAGGGUCCACCGCUACACAUAGAGAUACAUGAUAGAGAUAGGGAUAAUGAAUUGAAAAAAGUCAAAGCUGAUCUAUUCGGGGAUAAUCCUGAGGAUGAGAUGAUCAAUAAUGUUAGUUUGAUUGCAGGUAUGUGCUGCUGCGUUUACACCUUAAAUCCGCGAUCUUAAAUCCUUUAAUCGUUAAAUCUUUAAUCCCCUACUCCUUUUACCGCCCAGAUUAAUUCAUUAGGCCGAUACUUGCUUUUGUAAUAGAUCAAUAAAAUUGUAUUUCAUAACCAUAGGUCGUCGCACUACACAUAAUCCUUUCAAAGAUAAAGACAAAGCUUGGGAUCCCUAUGGCGUGGCAAAGCUAGAUCUCUCUGAACUACUUUUGGGUCAGCGGUAUAUGUACAUGUGCAUUCCAGUUCAUAACUGUUCAAGCCCGGAUCCAAAUGUCGGGCACGAUCGACCGGGUGGUUCUAUUGUCGGGCACGCAGGCAGUGUUGAUGGACCAGGUACGCCAAAGUGAAAUAGGUCAACUAUACGCUUGAAUGAUGUAUACACAUCAUCAUUGCUUUAUUAACUUAGACAAGUAAGUGGAGAUGUGCUACGGUUGCCCUAGCCUAGGCGUCCGCCUGCUUUGUAGGCUAGAGGUGUGCUAAUCAUCCUUACUUGCAGCUGAGAGCUAAGUUGAAUUGCAAAGGACGGAGCUCAACCUGAUCGAGUCGAAUGCUUUCUAAGGGCGCCUCUGGCAGCCACAUUAUGACUCAUGUCUGAUCACGGAGCACAGCUAGCAUGGGAGGAUCAGUUAGGAGCUAUACCCAAGCCAUCCUGUCAAUAUUCCCUGUGGGAGCAGGGAGGGAACCGGAGUACCUGAGGAAACUGACGACUUUCGGUGGAGUAUUGAAUUACUCCUUUUCACGUGAGUGUCAUGUGCCCGCAGCAAGCUCGGACCCACGAUCUCAGAGAUGAAAGUCGCUUGCUUUGAUGAUCGUGCUAUCGAAGCCCGUUAUAUUAACGAAUAUAGGUACUGGUGAUAUGAAUGACCCUUACUUGUCCUAGAGAUGAUAGUUUAGUUUCGUUUUCCUCCUGUAGUAACAUUCGACUAAUAAUAGACCUCUGGGGAGAAUAAAGUAGAUUUCAUAGACUUACGUUUGCUCAGAAUCAUUCAGACUUUUUUCUCAUCAACAGAAGAAGAACCGUUGCCUUCAGCCAACUAUAUUGAAGCGUGCAGUGAGUUAAAAUUGAAGAUAGAAGUUGGUUACCCACUGACGACUGCGACCGAAGUACGACGAAGAAUAACGGAUCCUGAUCAAGUCGAAAUACCAGAUGAGGUAACCUGCUAGGUGCUUGCCGAGGUGGGAUGGUUAGUUUUUGGAGAAAAAUUCCUGGGAGCACAGAGAGAGCAAUCAAACUCACCCAACCUAAGUAAAUCCCCCACCACCUCACCCUCGAACUACACCUACACCUACAAUAGAAUGUAGGCGUAACUUAGCGGCAAGUAACAGCGCGCUAACCUCUAAUGUUUUUAAGUCUAUCUAACUUUGAACAACCGUUUCUUGGUGUAAGCAAAAUGGAAAGUAUUUUCCCUUGGCCGCGAAUUAGUCAAAUAAAUAACUAAGUAAGUGGAGAUGUGCUAAUCAUCCAUACUUGCAGCUGAGAGCUAAGCUGAAUGGACCUUUAACCUUAUAACUAAAUUUUGAUCAAAUUAGUAAUAUUCCAAAGUUUCGUUACGAAAUCGGGUGUUUGGGUAUCAAUUUCCCGUUUGUAAUCUAAAAUGACUGAAAAUUGCAAACUUCGCAAGGCUAUAUUAUCCGCAUUUUACAACAUUUCGCAACGAAACUUCGGAAUAUUACUAAUUGUGUGAUGCUCUUUCAAGCUGUGAUGAAAUUUUUGUCUGGACUUGUCUAGAUCAAAAUUUUAGUUGUAAGGUUAAAGGUCCAUUGCGAAGGACUCAUCCCAACCUGAUUCCAACCUGAUCGAGGGCUCCUCUGGCUGCCACCUUAUCACUCAUGUCUGAUCAGGGAGCACAGCUACGGUGGAAGAGUCAGUUAGGGGCUAAUCCCAACUUAGGGGCUAAUCCCAACCUACCCUGUCGACAUUCCCUGUGGGGGGAAACCGAAGUACCCGGAGAAAACCCACGACUUUCGGUAGAGCGAUGACUCUUUUCACAUAAGUGUCACAUGAGUUCGCAGCGAGAAUUAAACCCACAAUCUCAGAGAUGAAACGCACUUGCUUUGACGUCCGCGCCACCAAAGCCCCUCCCAAGUGAAAUAUUUUUUCUCUAUCACUAUUUAGUGUCCUUUCGCCCGAGUGAUCUACAUAUUUGAUUAUUCAAACACGACAUUCUUGAAAGAACUUCAGACUGAGAUUACGGAGAUCAAUGCAACGGCACUAGAGUUGAUGAAUCUUCCCGAACACAUUAUCGAUGCUGCUUUGUCCACUUAUAAAUUAUCGGAGUAAGUUUGUUUUUUUAUUUCACAGUAACAGCCUUAGAUCUCGGUCAAACGGCGAUGAAAGUUGACGAGGGUUGAUCAGAUCUGAUCACAGUAGGAAUUUUGCAUGGAUAAAAUUUUGAAGUAUCAGACGUGUAUAACUUUACAAACGAUGACAAGAUAUUACUACUUAUUACGAUACUAGUUAGAGGAACUCGUUUUAUGAAGUUAAAGAUUCUCUAACUAUUUAUUAAACUAGUCUUUAUAUGAAGUUGAAAAAUUAGAAAAAAUUUCUAAAAAGUUUGUUAACUUUACUAGUUAAAAUAGUCAAAAAGACAUCUAUUUAAAAACAAUCGUUUGAAUCUUUCCGUCUUUAUUUUUGGCGAGAUGAAGUCGUGUUCUUGUUCCCGUAAUAGUCGCUGCUUCUCAGCAGGAAGCAACUAAUAUAAAUUAUGUUCUGGAUUUUCCCUUAUUUUAAUAUCAAAUAGAUAAGAUAAGGUGAAUAGGUUUUCGGAUCGUCGGAUUUCAGAUCUGGCGAAUAUUUUACACGGAUUUGCGGAUCUUAUUAAUACAGCGGAUUGCGGAUUUAUCUAAUAUUUUGGCUCGGAUUGUGGAUUUAGCUUGAAAUUUAGGAAGGGAUAAGGAAGAAAAGAUAAGGAAGAAAAGUCUAUGCAGCAUUCCUACUGCGAUCACAGAAACUUUGAUAGUGUAAACCAGGCUUUUAAGCCUUAAAAGGUCUAUUUAACUUCUCAUUUUAUUUGGUAGAGAGCAAAAAGACUCGAAAACUCUCAACAUACUCACUGGAUUUCAAGUCAUCGAUGGUGUUCGGCAUAUCUUUGUUCUCGAGGGCCUAAGAGAUGAAGCAAUCAAACGAUUAAUAGAGAGUUUGCCUUUAGACCAAGAAAACAACGGUAACGACCCAACGUUUAUUUGUGACUGCUGGCUCAAAUAAAGUUUUGAACCUUAUGACUGGUUGUGACUGGGUCUAUAUAGUUUAGAAAACACGCACGUUUUAACAAACCUGCAGCAGACUUGUAGCAAUGCUGUUUUAUUAACUGUGGCUGUUCCAACAGGAUAUGUUCGCACUGCUUGUUGACAAGUUGUAAACGGCUUGUUGACAGCUUGCUACAAAGCUGUUGAGCUCAACAGAGUCCCAGAAAGUACCGUACUAGUCACUUUAAAUUUUCUAUAUAAUAUAUUGAAAUUAUUCUCAUUUAGAUCCUGGAUCAGUUAAAGCUCUAUAUAAAUCUGACAUGACUUUCUCCGACAGACUUUACGUGUCACUGGACGUAGAUCUGUGUCGAGUUCGCUUACACGAUUCUCUGACCAACAUCACUCGAAAACCGUUGCUGUACGUACGGGACAUCGUACCACGAGCGUGCUUUGAAGGCCUCACAAGACUGGAUAAGGUUAAUUAAUGGGUUUAGUAUGGUUUAUGCUUCUGACAUUUCAAUAAUUAAAUCAUCUAUUCAAUCUCUAGGGCUGUAAGAUUCAUCCUGUACCUUAUAUCUUACUACAGCUAUAGGAGGGAACCUAAGCUAAACUAACUGCAUUUAUACUGGACAGCUCUGUCAGUUCUAAACUGUUCUUCCUGGAGGUCUAGUAAGAGUCAUCUCUUAUUAAUCCAGUGUUACUAUAGGAGGAAACAUAAGCUAAACUAACUUUAUUUAUACUGGACAGCGCUUUCAGUUGGCUAAACUAUUCUUCCUAGAGUUCCAAUAAGAGUCAUCUCUUAUUGAUCCAGUGUUACUACAGGAGGAAAUCUAAUCUAAUCUAAUCUAGCUUUAUUUAUACUGGAUAACUCUAUCAGUUCUAACGAUCGUUGCAGUAACAAUAUAAUAUCUAUACUUAGAUUCUUAGUGCGUCAAAAUUACGCGAGGUUGUAAAAAAUGAUCUGUUCCCUACGCCAGAAAUGAUUUUGUCCGUGAGUCGCGAGUUUGGCAUACCAUUGACUGCCGAAGACUUUGGAGGUGAGUUGAGGUGUGGUAUGGUGUAGUGUGGUAUGGUAUGGUAUUGCAUGGUAUGGUAUAUGGUAUAUGGUAUGGUACGGUAUGGUACGGUAUGGUAUUGCAUGGUAUGUUAUGGUGUAGUUUUGUAUGGUAUGGUAUAAAUGGCUUAUUUUUUAUCUUUUAUACCAUAUUUUUUAUCUUUUAUACCACAGAGGCAGGUUUGGGGGAGGAUUUCGGUCGCAUGGAGGACAUGAGUGGUGAGAACUCGCAAGAUCCUGGUGAUAGUACUAAACGUCGAAAUUGGACACCAUUGCAGUUAAAAAAUCCUGAAUAUCUUGAGACUUUGAAAAGUCGAGAGACUACUAACCGUGAUUUUAUCAUGGAAAAUAUCGUAAGUACAGUAAUACUGCUUGAUCAAAAUAUCAUCAAUAUCAAUAGCUCAGCACCCCCAGCUCAAGCUGAACCUUUCUCUGCAUUCCUGGUCAGGUAUACAGGGUGUCCAAAUGUGUUUUGAACAGCUAACUAUAGAUAUUAGUAGGCAUGAAUUUUGACAGUAAUUAAUUUGUCUAGUAGUAGUAGGCUAGAAACAAUGUUAUGGCUUUUCAAAAUAAAGUCUGGUUCACAUUAAAUGCCUCAUGGACCACUGGAAUAAUCAUCAGUUGUAUUAAGUAUUAAGGUGGCUCGAUACAGUUUUCAAAAAUUCAGGUGUUUAACAGUUUGACAUGUUCAAACUACGCAUUUUUAGGAUUUAUUCAAAAGAUAUUGGUGUUUUUUAUAUAUUUUGAUAACUCUACUUUCAAAUUAUAUUAGUUUUAGUAACAGAUAGCUCGUUGCUAUGACGACAUACGUGUACGAAAUUCACUCCAAAAUGGCCUAUCGUUUCGUAUAGUUGGAAAAAAAGCAUGGUGACCCCCAAUUUUUUUUCUUGCAUUGUUUUACUUGGACGAAAAGCUAACAAUUAGCAAAAUAUAAAAAAAUUCUGUAAUGCCAUUUUUUUGGAAAAUGCGAAAAUGUCAUAUUCUUCGUUAAAAUUUUUUUGGCAUUACAGAAUUUUUUUAUUUUUUGUAUAAUGAAAGUUUUUAGCGGUGCAAUACAGCAUGCAAAAUUUGAACAUAGGUCACCAGGCAAAAUAAAGAGAUAUAGCGCAUUGUUUUUCUAAAAUGGAAAAUUCUAAUGACGUCAGCAAUCGACACAAAACGCUAUACAACACGCGCAAUGACGUGAGAUGGCGCGAGCAACUGCUCACGUCAGGUCAUUUUGGAAGUUCUUUCAUUUUGUUAAUCAGUUUGCACGACCUGCGCGUAAAAAUGGUCGCCCAGUUUUGUUCGCGAUUCUUGAGCAGGGUUUUUGUGAUAACUAUAUCGAGCCACCUUAAUAAGUUUGAUGAGGCCCUUACUUUAAACAUGACAUUAGAGUUCUACCAAACAAAUUUUUAUAAGUUUAGCGUCAAGAUUCGGCUUUUAGAUUGAAUUUCCGAUGCCCUUGCAUGUCUGAAAAAUCUACAACACAGCUAUUGCAUUUUUUUGACAAUUUGUUUAGCCAAAUGAAAUCAAACGUAAUCUACAGUAAUUUAGUGUGUACUCUAUACGAAGUCCUUUGUUUCAUUAUAUUUGUAUUAUCUUUAUUGUUACAGCUCAGAACUCAGACGAAAGACCCACGUGAAAAACCCGACAGUAUCGCUGUUAGUAAGGCAGAACUUGACAACUGCAUUGCCCACAACUAUAGUACGCAGUCCUUGAAUUCAACUGAAUUGUCAAAACGAAAAUUGAAGAAAGUUCUUAGUAAGGUAAGUUGGGUUAAACCAAGGUUUUCAGAUAACAGAGUUUUGGCAUUUGAAAAGGGAGUUUUGGCAUUUGAAAAGGGAGUUUUGGCAUUUGAAAAUGAAGUUUUGGCAUUUGAAAAGGGAGUUUUGGCAUUUGAGAAGGGAGUUUUGGCAUUUGAAAAGGGAGUUUUGGCAUUUGAAAAAGGAGUUUUGGCAUUUGAAAAAGGAGUCUUGGCAUUUGAAAAAGGAGUUUUGGCAUUUGAAAAAGGCGUUUUGGCAUUUGAAAAAGGAGUUUUGGCAUUUGAAAAGGGAGUUCUGCCAUUUGAAAAGGGAGUUCGGCAAAUAGACAGGCAAACAAACAGACAGUCAAACAAACAGACAGAUAGACCGGGACGGUGGAGACCGGGACAAAGUCAAAGCGGAAUGAAAAUUGAAAUUGUCAACAUGUUUACAUGAGACCGGUACGAAAAUCACAAUUUUUUUAAUUUAUUCCCCCAACUAAAUCAGUUCUACGAAAUAGUACGUUAUCUUCGAAAGUAACAGACCAUAAAGUAGACCAUGAGGUUGAGGAAAAAUAACUUUGUUUGAAAGCUUAUAGAGUGCAGGAAGGAGAGCAGAAUUGAUAUUUCAAGUAACAAAGUGUAUAAAACCUUGUAAAACAUACAGUGUGCUAAGCAUGAACAUAAUUUCUGAAUAUUAUCAGGAUCCUGGAGGCGUGUAUACCUAUUGUUCGGACUAUAACUCAGCCAGUAUAGAAACGUCAGAGGAAAGUGCAGCCAGUCAGAUAAACAGAGACGAGGAGAAACAAAGAUGGCUGACUGAGAAAGGAUUUAUUGUUUCCAGUUCAAAAACUGCUUUGGAGUCAAAUCAGCAUCCAUUAAAGCCUGACAACGCUCGCGUUAUGGAAUUGAACAAGGUAUAAAAUUAGCGCAUAUCUAGAGUACGUACGCAAAAUCGGACACCUUGUAGCAAGUCUGCCAACAAACCGCCAACAAGUUGUGUUCGCACUGCUUGUCACAACUUGUCAACAAGUUUGGAACAAUUUGUUAACAGUUGUAACAAGCUUGUUGAUAUUAUCAGACUUGUUGCAAGGUUGUUCCAACAAGUUCGAUGCAGUCAUGUUGUAACAAUAUUGUUGCAACCUCGCGUCGUCAACCUUGUAACAUUCUUGUUAUGUCAUGACUGUAUCAGACUUGUGAGAACAACUUUAUAACAAGUCUGAUAACGCCAUCAAGCUUGUUAUAAGUUGCUAACCCAUUGUACGCAUUAAUGAUGGUUUUACUAUAUGUCUUCCCUGCAAAAUAACAUGGUUUAAUUAACGACAAGCUUUUUUUGCAGCCCUGGCGAGAGAACGUACUUCAUGCGAACAUUUUGAAGCCUACGGUUGAUCGGUGUGUAUUUUCAGUUUUAUUAUGGAAUUUUAUUUGUAUUUUUAUCAUUUCUUUAGCAGGAACUUAUAUAUUCGACCCUUCCCUCACAUAUAUAAUUUACUUUUUUAUCAAUAAAGAAUCGUAUUUCCUUGGAAACAUCGCGACAAGGAUAUGGACACCAUCAAGCCGCCUGCUGAACCAAGAUACCUGGGCUCAAUUCACCUUUACGGCGACGUCCGCGAGCAGGAGAAACGCGAUGCAGCGGAGAAGGACAUGCGCGAGUGGGAAUCGCGGGUUGUCGUGGACGACGUGCGUUUCCGAACUCACCGAUGCCUUCCGAGGACGGAAUUAACGGACAAGGGGGACAAAUCUGCAAGCGCGCUUACCAAACUCGAUGAUAUUCUAAAAGACCCUCCACAGAAAUUUUCAUUGAAGGAGGGUGAUUUGGGAUUGGACAAAGUCCCACCUCUGGGUACACUUGGUGGGGCGGGGAGGAGGGGCAAGGUGGAAGAGGAGAUGAAACAUGGUGGGUAUAGGCCUGGGCCUCAGGAUGAGAGAAGUUGGUUGAUGGAAGGAAAUAGAAUUCCUGUGGGAGUUGAUGGUAAAGAAGGGAAGAAAGAGAAAGAACAAGAUUUCAGGUAAGAAAUGCGUAUAUCUUAAGCCCUAGUCAAACGAGAACGAGAGUUGACAAGUGAGAGUUUGCAUGAGAGUUUUCUCAACUCACGUGCCCCGGUCAAACGAGAACAAGAGUUGCAUGAGAGUUGAUGAGUGUUGACUGGAUAUUACCGCGCACGUAGCAGAAAUUCUCAUCAAAAUUUGAACCUGCUCAAAGCCCAGACCAAACGAGCUAGGACGAAAAUUAUGAGAGUCGGUAGUCACGCGACAUUGGUUAGCUGUUCUUAUAUGCUUUCCCAUGUAUUCUUUUUAAGUUGAAACAUAGUUGAAAUACUUAUCAAUCCUUUAUUUUGUUAAUCUAGACCUUGAAAUAUCUCCUGUAACAAUGCGUGACUAAUAUAAGCGAGAUUUUGCCUAUUUUCUCAACUGUACGGCCCGCUCAAACGAGAUUAUAAUUCGUUCUUUAGCUGGUAAACGUUUCUAAAUAAACACUUCGUUUCUUACUCUAAUUCCAGGUUGGUUUUCAAGACAAAAUCGAGUACAUAUCGUCGCCCUAUUGAACCACUAGAACCACACGAACGACAAACGCAUUUAUUUCCAAACAACAUGGAAUCUCUCAAUUUAACAGAACAGCCAUCAAAACUCGAUUCAACAGAAACACGAUAAAAAACUUUGCAACAUACAGGACUCCAGAGAAAAUUUUAUAUAAUAAUUAUAUUUUAUGAAUCUCUACAAAUUAGUUCCCUCCCCCCGUUAAUGUGUUCAUGGCACAUCCAUAAAUAAUUCUUCGAAAAUUUGUCAGAUUCUUAAAGUGAGAUUGUAAAUAUUUUAUAUAUAGCUUGUUAAUAGUAUCAUGUGCAGGGGCGAAGCAUCACGUGUGAAAUAAUUAUAUGUACACAGUCAGAGUGAACAAUCCGACUGGAAUCGUAAUUUGAUUUUCCUAAAAUUCUAUUUCUACCAACUAAUUUUCAAAAUCUGCAUUCAAGUUGGGUUUCAGCAGAUGGACAAAUUUGACUAACGUUGUAAUGUUUACAACGUUGCUGGCCAUGUUCUUAGCAAGUGCCCUAAAGAGAUGCAUUCACCCCCUGGAACAUUAAAUUUCAAUACGUUUUCAGGGGGUGACGGCCUCUCUUUAGGGCAUUUGGUAAGAACAUGACUUACUGGAAAAAUCCCUUUCGCCGAAAUCAAUAAGAGGUGAGACCUCUGUAUGGUAUUUACUCUGUGGUUGUACAUUCCUGCAACGUUUCCAAGCAUGCCCAGUACCACCAAGUAUACGGAGCUCACUAUAACCUAGACUAGGCCUAACACUAAGUAUUCAGCACCUUACCCUGACCUAAAUAUAUUCAACUGGAGCGGCGUCACCAGAACCAUUGGCGGCUACAGUACUGUUUUCCUCCAUCGUCUUAACUGUGCCUUCUGUGUUCUUGACCUGCGGUCUCUUGACAGGCGCAUAUUCGGACCUAAUGUUCUCGUUGACCGACUCUCUAGCACGCACACAGCCCCAGAAGUUAUAUUUUUUGUUCUUUUUGUGUAUAUUUUUAACAUCAAUCCGUCCGACAGAAUUGAGAUCGUCCAUACUUUUACUAGUUUGUUUAUUUCCUUUCGACUUUUUCUGGAACCAGCGCGGCCGAGGGAAUGUUCCUUUUUUCUGACCGGAUUGCGUUUCUGGAGUGCUCUUGAGUAUGUCAGGGGCGACGUCGAUCGCGCGUUCCUGGUGACCAGAAUCGUCUUUGAGCGGUUCGAGUCUAGGGGAAUACUUAGCAUCGCCAACGCGAUCCCCAGGAUGUACCUGCCCGUCCACAACGUCGUUAUCUGUCCCGUUCUCUGCGACGUCUUGGUACUGUCGUACUCUCCGCGACAAUAAUUUUUCCCGUCUUUUAUUUCGCUCGACGUCGGACGUCGUGGUCGAGAUCGUACGAUGUUUCGUUUCCGACUCGUCGCUCGUCGACAUAUCGUCGGGGAAACGAUCGCCAAAGAACGUCUUACGUUCGUGAGGUGUCGUGACGUACGAUCCGCUAUCCGAACCUCGGUCCGAAUUCCGAUCGGAAUAACGGUCCCAGCGGUCCGGAUACCCGGCCGAUAACCGGUCCGAGAAUCGAUCAGUGAAAUCAGAAGUUGGGCUCAUUCUUCCAGAGCGACUUUGAAGGGUCCGCGUGCGUGGAGCAUUGGGACUAGCGAUCCCACUGUCCUUUGCGGCUAUCUCCAUUUUUAAAUUUUCCAGCUCGACGCUCAUUCGUAUGAUAUCUUCCUCUUGGUGUUGGCAGACGCGUUCAAGACGUUUUAGUUUCGUAGCUAAGCUUUUCUCCCGUCGCCUUGCGGCAUUAAGUUCGUGAACGAGCUGAUUCUCCUUGUCCAUCGCAUGUUCCAACUCGUCUAAAGCUUCUGUGAGGUCUGUUUCUAAAUCAUCUGUCUGUCUACUGUUGCCAUUGAGUAAUUUCUAAGAUUGGAAGAAGAAAGGCAUUGCAUGUUAGGUAGCCCAUGUCUCUUUUGCUUCUAUCAGG